CCUGCUAAUCAACAAAGCAACAAAAAUGAUGGGAAAAUUCAAAAAGAGAAGCCGAAGGAGAAAAAAUUUUACCGAGCAAAAGGAAAGUAUUUCACCAAAAGUGAAAAGAAGAGAAAAAGGCGUGUUAAAUGGGAAGCAAAACAGAAGAAAAUUGAAGAGUGGAAGGAGAAAGAAGAAAAGAAGAAGAGGAAGGGAGAAAAGAAGACGAAGAAGGAGAAGAAAAGAAAAAAUUAAAUGAUUUAUUUUUGUUAUUUUUACAAUGGAAUCUUUAUAACGACGUUUAU